UAUUAGGCAUUGCGUAUGAAAGGAGAAAGAGACGAAGAGAGAGAAGUUGAAAGAGAGGUAGAGAGAGGCAGAGAGGGGGAGAGAGAGAGAGAGAGAGAGAGAGAGAGAGAGAGAGAGAGAGAGAGAGAGAGAGAGAGAGAGAGAGAGAGAGAGAGAGAGAGAGAGAGAGAGAGAGGUAAAACGACAUAGAGAGAAGUUGAAAGAGAGGUAGAGAGAGGCAGAGAGGGGGAGAGAGAGAGAGAGAGAGAGAGAGAGAGAGAGAGAGAGAGAGAGAGAGAGAGAGAGAGAGAGAGAGAGAGAGAGAGAGAGAGAGAGAGAGAGAGAGAGGUAAAACGACAUUCGUGACAUGUUCAUAAUUUGAAUAAUA